AAUGGGUUAAAGUAUACAUAUGCGGGAAUCCAAUUCAUCCAGAUAGUAUCAAACAUAUUAUUUAUUGUCAAUCCGAUGAAGCUACAAUAAGUUGUUGUCAAGACCACAAGCAAUCUCUUGUCAUCAAACAUAUAAGAGAUGAAUGGAAUCCAUAUGUAUUUCACAUUCGACAUGGAGUACGAUGUUUUCAUUACAAUGCAACACUUAAAUUAUUGGUGACUGGAUGUUCGCAUAUAGUUUAUUUAUGGAAUCCAGUAGUAACAAAAUUAUAUCUUGCUAAACUAGAAGGCCAUAAGAAUGUAGUUGUAGAUGUCAGAAUUUUCGAACAUUUUAAUCUUGUGAUUAGUAUUUCAAAGGAUGAAGUACUKAAGGUAUGGAGUUUAAAUACCUAUGUUUGUUUACAAACAAUUCAAUUUGAUUUUCCAGUGUAUAAUGUACUCGGAAAAUCUGUCGAAUUUAGUAGUACUCGAACAUUUUAUCCAGGACCAAUCAUUAAACAACCACCAGAAGAACAAGCAUCAUUAAAAUCCAUUGACGCAAGUAACAUAACUAGCGUGCAAACAAGUGUUUAUAUGCCUAAGGAAAACUGGCAAUCUGAAGUAUUGAUAAUUGCUUGCUCUAACUAUUUAUCGACGUUAAAACAAAAUUUAAAGGAUUACUCCCAAAAUCAUUCUCCUCUUCCUCCACCGAUAGAAGACAAAAAACCAGCACUUCCGUCAGAAUGGAGUUUUAGCGAUACCGAUCAGAUUAUCACUGACGAAAUUGAUAGCACAUUAGUAGAAUCACCGAAAACAGAAAAUAAUAAAUUAAAAAAAUUACUUAUUAAAUCAAGACCUUCAUUAGACCAUGAAGCUUUUAACUUGGAUACACAUAAAAAACCGAUAAAUCCUAAAAUUAAGAAGCAUGUAGAUGAAAUGGUAAAACAUGGAACACCUUAUUUAGCAAUGCAUUUAUGUCCCGUAUAUAAAUUAGAAUUGUCUAAGAAUUUGGUGUUGAGUGWUGCAACAAAAUCAAGAUUCCCGUUUAUGGAAAAAAUUGAUGAAAUAUUUAGUGAUGGAAUCGCAUAUGAUGAAAAAGUGAAAUCGCCAGUGAAGGAACAAAAUAAAGGAAAACCGAUUAACAUAAAAAAUUUGAUGGAAGUUAUAAAUAAAUUAGAAUUAGAUGAAGAUGAUGAUAUUGAAAAAAUUAUAAACGAAUUUAUUUAAUAGUAUCCAUCUCUCAUCGGUCAGUUUGUUCAUCAGGCUCUGCACUGAUCAGUCAGUUAAGCCACGUUUUAUUUUAUUAUUAUUUUUUUGUUUCCCAUUAUAUUACAU